AUGGAAGUAAGCCCUUUAUGUAUAAUUUUGGUAAAAUCAGACAGUAAAGGUGACAGACUACUAUUUAGGUAUCCUUUUCAAACUCAACAUAGCAAUGAACCCUCAGGGACUCGACGAAAAAAUCCUUAUACUCUUCCUGUAGUAGAUGAUUUGCUACAGAGAAAUAAUCAGCCACAUUCUAAUAUUAAUAAAGAAAAUUUAACAGGAUUUACUGAUGAGGUUCUUUCUUCCCUUUUUGCAGUUAAAACUGAAUUGUGUAACCGAAAGUUUGAGCUUAAAGUUAAUGAUGUUAGGUUUGUAAGUCAUCCAACAUUACUUCAACUUAGAAACAAACAGGAGAAAGAGGAUGAGUCUGGUAUGUUAGUUAAUAUUGUGUUUGCUUUACAAGCUUUGGCGAGUCACUCUGUUGUUAAAUGUUAUCAUGACUUGAGUAAAAGAAUGGGAAUUGUUUUGAAGUAUGAAGAAAAAAGAUGUGGGUAUGUAUCUGAGCAGACUCAGUUAAUGACUACAGCUCAUGAUGAUGGUUAUACCAGUGGUCCAGGCAGUGCUUUUAAAAUAAUUUUGGAAAAGUGUUCCUUAGCUGGAAAUAUUAAGAAAAUGUAUGAUGAUCUAUGUUCAACUGGAUUGGUUAGUUUGAGAAUAAAUAGAUGGAUACCUUUAAGUUUUUGCUUACCACAAAAAGUUCAUCAGUGGCACAUGAGGGGCAAAAUUGUAGAGCCUGGUGAUAUUGACAGAUGUUUAAAUGCCUUAAGACCGUAUCACAGUUUAUUGCUUCUUCAUCCUCUGCACCAAAUGAACGAUUUCACAUCUUUAGAUGGGUCUCCUUCAUUGGAUAGAAUGCUAUCACAAUAUUCUCCUUUAAAAAAUCUGCAAGCAUUAGCAUCUGAUUCUGACCUGACAUUAACACAUGUUUUUGAACUGACAGCUCAUUUAGUAUACUGGGCAAAGGCGACAGUAAUAUUUCCAGUAUGUUCUACCAACAAAUAUAUCAUCUCUCCAAAUGCCCCCAUUCACAUUCAUUCACCACUAGUAGAUAAGUUUAGCGAAGCAUUUCCAGGUUUAAACUUAAUAAGAGUCAUUAGCGAAUUUUCAUUGCCGACCUCUUUAGGACAAAAAUGCAAUCCACUGUGUCAUCCUACGCAACAGUCUCAACUGGUACAGACAAUUAUUUGGAUGCUGCAGCAUCACCUUCUAUUACAACUUCACACAUACAUUCAGUAUAUGCCCACUGAUAACGGAUUGCUAUCACAUAAAACUGAUAACCAUAAGAAACAUUUGACAUCACCAUCUCCUAGAAGUAGUACUGUAAUGUCAAAUUACCAAAUAAAUCACACAGAAAGAACUGAAUCGGAAAGUGGAGCAUCAACUAUAUCAGAGGCACCGGAACUAAUAACUAACAGAAAUAUUACAUUAGAGAAUGUUAGUUUUACAUCUACAGAAGAGGACAAACAGGACUACCAGGAGGAGUUACUUCUGGAUUUUCCUGAUGAAGAGAGAAGUUCUAUUUUCAAAAUUCCUGCCACAAAUACACCGGAAGACCUGAAACUAUUUGCCCGCUUAUGUAGAAAAGAAUACUUUCAAGGCAACCACCACGUGGAAGAAAUCAUGUACCUGGAAAACCUACGAAGGAGUCAAUUACUACAGUUGUUGGAUAAGUUUAGGGACGUGUUGAUUACGUACGAAACGGAAGAUCCUGCUAUAGCAAUGUUUUCAUGCUCUUCAUAG